AUGGCAGGCGGCGCCACGGCGACGGCGCUGAGCGCGACGCCGGCGGGCGGCGGCUGGCGGCUGGAGUGCGGCGCGUGCGGGCGGGGCGUGCGCGUGGUGUGGCUGCGCGGCUCGCGCAUCACGCCCGCCCACCUCACGGCCGACCUGGCGCAGCACUGCCACCGCGCUGUGCUGCUGGUGCCCGAGCCGGACGAGGUGUGGUGCGCGGCGGUGACCGGCAACGGUGGCGCUGUGGCGGUGUUCCCCCCCCGCGGCUCCCCCGCACCCGCCCGCCACGCCGGAAGGGCCUUCUCGAACGCUCCAUACCCCAACCGCCGCACAUUCCUAACAUCAUUCUUAAUCUCCCUUGCUAUUGUCAAAGUCGCCACUGCGGUAGCACCCUCAGUCUUC